UGCGCUCGAAUAUACCAGCAGUGGUCUGAUUAUCAAAGAAGAGCCGUGAAAACAUUAUUGUGUUCAUCUGUGUCGAGCAAAUUCACAUUUACCGGUUAAUUUACGUCAAUAAAUGAACAAUGGUCAGUCAGCAGUUGACCAAGAGAUGAGUCAGUCUGAUCGUCGCUAAAAGAAGGAGGCGAGAUUUUACAUUUUUGACAGUAUGGCUAGCUGUGGCGAGGUCGAUCUUACCGUGGACACCCUGACUUCUGGAAAGAAGGUGAGUGGAGAGCCGGUGAUGGAUGGAAGUCCUUCUUCUUCGUCUCCAUCACUGCCUGUACCGGAAUGCGCUAUCUGCCUCCAGACCUGCGUCCACCCCGUACGUCUGCCGUGCCGCCACAUUUUCUGCUUUCUGUGUGUCAAGGGAGCCUCCUGGCAUAGCAAGCGGUGCGCCCUCUGUAGACAGGAAGUACCUGAGGACUUCCUGGAACGGCCCACUUUGCUUUCGCCCGAAGAGCUGAAGGCUUCGGCGACGGGUGGGCGCGGGACGGGUGCCGGCGGACACGCCUGGUACUACGAAGGACGUAACGGCUGGUGGCAGUACGACGAGCGGACUAGCCGAGAGCUGGAGGACGCGUUCAACAAAGGCAAGAAGAACGCGGAGAUGUUAAUCGCCGGUUUCUUGUACGUCGCCGACCUGGAGAACAUGGUGCAGUACAGGAGGAACGAACACGGCCGCAGGCGUAGGAUGAAGAGAGACGUGGUGGACAUUCCUAAGAAAGGUGUGGCUGGACUUAGACUAGACCCAGAUCCCAGCGCUGUGGUGGCGGCGGGGUCAGGAACGGUCACCGCUGGGCCGGAUUUAAAUGUGGACGGAGCUGCGGUGGAAAGAGAAAGCUCAGCAGAUGGAGCGGACACUGGGGUCAACAGCACACGUUCUCAGGGUGUCUUUGUCCCCACUCCCGUAAGGCCGCCUACUGUCUUGGGCGGCCACCUGACGAGUCCUGCUUCCUCCAGUGGUAUUCAACUUGUCCAGGCUCUUGCUCAUCUCAGUAUUAGCCCCUCUGAGCCUGAACCCGAGGAGGAAGAUGCUGAUGACGAAGAUGAAUCUGUCACACCAGAUGCCCCGGAAUCCGAAUCUGAAUCCGGCACGAGCGAGGACGAAGAUGAACACGCUGGAGACGAAGGUGCUGAGGGCACCCGGGGUAGGCAUAGACUGCAGCAGUUGGACAGACCGCCUCCUGGUGGUGGCCCUGCACAAAGCGGUGAUCGGUCCGGGUGCCCAGACGGUCAAUGCACUGUUACCAAGGUCUGACCACAGCACAACUACAGGACUCCACAACUGUUGGGUAUUUCUAACCAAGCUCUGAAAUGCAAAAAAAUGAAUGACUGCACCAUUCAACUCACAGAAACAUGGACCGGGGAAAGGGUGGGGAUGGGGGUCAGAUGGUUUUAGUGUAUUAUUAGUGGUUGUCUUUUCUCUUAAUGUUAGAAGGCUGUAACAGGUUUGUAAUAUUUAAAUGGAAAUUAGAGGCAAAACUACAAUAAAACUUGCUUUUCAAUAUAGAUAGAUGGUCCAUUUUCAAGAUUACUUUAAAACGCUAAUGACAUAAAUGAAAACUGAUAGUUGGUAGAGCUCCGCAUUGCAUGAUGCUAAAACACAGCGCCAUCACAAUAAUCCAGUGUGCUUAAUAAAAAAUUAUGCUACCAUUUAGACCUGUGAUUUCAUCUCAAGAUCACACGAUAAAAAUAUUUAGAUAAAAUGCAAUGAAGCACAUUUAUGGUAUUUUAUUGGGAUAUUAUUUUCAUGGGAAUUAAGCACAUUUACCCCUAAAUUCUGGAUUACCCCUAAUUUUUUUCUGUAUUUUUUUCAGUAGUGACUUGCAUUACUGUUAAACAGAAAGCAGCAUUAAAAUUCAAAUUGGUAAUUUAAAUGCAAUUUAAAUCAAAUAUUACAAUAAUGCAUACGUUGUGAUUUAAAUAACGUUAUCAUUUAAGGUUUUAUUUGCAUGAGGGUUGGUGGUGGCCUAGGGUGCCUAAUGCCCCUGAAAUUUUUUGGUUUUCAAUUCAUGUUUUUAUCCCAAUAGAAGAUUUCACUACGUCUAGCUUGACUCCAUUCUCCGGUGACUAUGGAGUCAUAUGGUACAUAUGUACUGUGGUCAAAAUAUGAGAAAUGGCAUAUCAGGUUUUUAUUCACAUGAUCCUGUUACGUCAUGAUAUCUUUAGCUUACCGAUUAGAACUUUAUUGGUGUCAUUAUUUUGAAAACCAAUUUAUUCCUUCCUUCCGAACCUUCUGUUACAAAGGCGUCUAGAUAUCUUUUACGAUGUGUUUUUCUUGUUUGUGUUAAAUAUAAAGAUUAGAUGCAAUACCAUCAUUCCAAACGCUAAAUGUAAGGAAAAGAGAAUUUAUUGUAGUUUUGCCAAGGUUUCACCAGGAAAAGACCUUUCAAUCUGACAUUUGCUACUUCUAGUAUUUCAUUACGUGAGGUUUAAUAUCUUAACUGCGUGUGUGUGCAUUUGUGUUCAUUUUAAGCAACUUGUCUUUUUUUUCUUUUGCCUCAUCUUGGUGUGCUUCUCUGUAUUGAUAUGAGCGAGAAAGGACUUUUUUUUUGUUUUAUCAGAUGGUUAACUAGUACUCUCUGAGCGAACGAGUGCUUUUUAAGAUGUCCGAUUUGAAGUUUUUUGCAAUUUUAAUCUGUUAGUCCAGAAACGUUACGUGAGCGCAGAGUGCAUGACCAACGCACGAAUUGUGACAUUUCAAUCUAUAUGCUGCUUAAAUCACAAACUGGUUUGGUUUUUGUAACACCGCUAAUUUUCAUCUUCAUUUGUUCAGAUUCUUUGUUGUCAUCGAAACAAAAUGAAAACUAAAGUUAAAAUAACUUCUUUUUGGUGUAUUUUUUUGUUCUAGUGUGUUGUUUUGUUACCAGGUUUAUUUGAAAAAUAAAGUGUUGUCUGUUUUUUGUCAAAGAUUAAAUUGUUGUGAUGUUUAACUGAAUUACAUAAGAAGUAAUAAGUUAGCUAUGUAAUAAUGUUAAUUUAUGAAUAUUUUGUAUUAAUAGGACUGGGCGGUAUAUUUACUUUUUGUAAUAUAUCUGUGUUUUUCCCAGCUGGAUACGGGAUGCACGAUAUACCGAAAAACUUUUGUUACCAUGAUAACUUAAGAGAGAGUUGCGACAACCUACAAUUUAUUUUACGUGUCUACAAUUUGUGUGUUAUAUGCUUAGAUUGUCCACUGGUAUACUAUUGGCUAGACUGCGGGCACAAAGCAGAGAGCGGAAAAUAAAUAUGGCAGGAGUAGAGACAAGCGAGGAAAACUACAGCGAUAAACUUGUGCCUAAAAAGACCGCUACGUCUGAAAUGGUUGUUUUUUAGCCUGAAUUAGAUUUAUUACAUCACAAGAAUAUGUGUUACCUGUUUAUUUCAACUAGUGAUGCACCGAUGUAUCGGCCGCCGAUAUUUAUCGGCCGAUUUUUUAUGAAUUUGAAACCAUCGGCAUAUCGGCAACAGCACGAGAAAGGCCGAUACCGAUUGUUUAUUAAUUAACCACAUAAAGGCAAUGAGUUGCAUGUCUGUUGCAUAAUCCGGCAUUUUUAACAAUAAUUAUCAAAAUAAUUAAAUACUUCCCAAAACAAAAUUUAUUAUAUAAAUUAUAGUUUGUCAGACGUGUGAUGAGGGAAAAAAAUAAUAAAUCACGUAGUUAAUCACGCGAGAUUACUCAUUCAUGUGAUCCAUGCGGUCUAGAGUAUUUCGAGGGAAAAUGUCUGCGGUCUGGGCUUUCUUCAAAAUCUCAGAUAAAGACCAAAAAAUCGCCAUUUGCAACGAGUGUUCUGCAGAAAUAUCAAGAGGAGUUAGUAUUGUAUACAAGUGUUUAAUAUCGGUAUCGGCCCAAAAAAAUCCUAUCGGUGCAUCCCUAAUUUCAAUAUGAUAAUUACAUAUCUAAAUGAUAAAAAAUUAGCUAAUAAAAAUAGCGUUUCUAUAAGGAAAUGUCAUAAUGCAAGAAAAAUCGCUAUCGCAGCAUUCAGAAUCGUAUAUUUUCAUAAUAUCAUGCAGCCCUAUCCCUAUGGUUUAAUAUUAUCUAGGACUGUUCAAUUAAUCGUUUUUGAUUUUUCAUUUUUAAUUUAAACAAUAACAAAACCACGAUAAUCGAGGUAAAACAAUUAUUGUCAGAUUAAAAUAUAAUUUGCAUGCUGCUGGACCGAUGUGUUCGUAAGACACUUCGAAGGCACCACUACUUUGACACAUGUAGCCUACUGCAACACUUACUUAAUAAAAAGGUUAGAUAAAUGCAUUUUUUUUUCAAAGUUACGCAGUAAUCAUGUUAAAUAAUCACGAUUAUGAUUUUUUUUGUUGGGAAAAUAAUCGUGAUUAUGCUUUUACCCAUAACCGAGCAGCACUAAUAUGACCCUUUUUGCAACAGAAGCUUUGUCAGAAAUGUAUACUGAGGUCAGACGUAAGCUUUCUGUGUUGUGCAGCUGUAUAUUUUUAAACAAGAAAGAAGACCCUCUAAAAUUGAUUUUCAUCAUGCGCUGUUGUGAUCUUAGAUAAGGCUUUGACUUGCAUGUAAACAUUUCAUGGGAUCAAUUCAUUAUUUAUUUUGUGUUCACUGAAUGAAAAAAGCAUAAUCAUCCAGCUAACAAAUUUUUUGUUGUUGACUGGACUUAGAUAUACGUUUUUGUCCAAUUAGUUUGCCCAACUUGCCAAACUGAGUAAUCUAAACAAGCAAUUAAAAAAAACAAUGGUCCGAAUGGUUCCCAGCAUGCCUUGCGACAUGUUCACUUCUUUGGUUAAUAUUUACUAAAAAAGAUGACUGUUUUAAUGUUUGCUGGAUUUAUUUAUGUUGUUAUGUUGUUAAUGUUAGUUAUAUGUUGUAGUUAGAGUUAUUUUAAAAUAAUGAUGUUUUUUAUUGUUACCAUGAUUGAGAACUGUGUGCUCAUUGUAGAGCACGGCACAGUGGGUUAGCGCGCGUCAUUAUUGCCUCACAGCAAAAAGGACUCUGGUUCAAUGCUUACUUGAACUGUCAGAUCUUGUUUUGGUAGUGGUUUUUUUUGCAUAACAGGCAAGUUCUUACGGAUUUAAAUAAAUUAAUUGUAUUUA